AUGGUCGAAAACCAACGCGCAACGCGUGUCCGAACAGGGUGUCGCCAGUGUCGCACACGACGUCGCAAGUGUGACGAAGAAAAGCCCAGGUGUCGCAAUUGCACUACCAGGGGUACUUCGUGUGAGUAUGCUCCGCGGUUGACCUUCUUGAGCAAAAAUGCGUACACAGUGCGACAGCCAUUGAAGCGUUCGAUGCCAAGUCGGGUUAGCGAUGGCAAUGAAGAAGUUCAUUUUGUAAACCUCUCCUCGCCGCCAAUCCCCAAGAAUUACAAGUCAUCUGCCAGUUGUACAGAUAAUAGAGACAACACUGAGCUUCCCGCGCGUGAGGACAUUUCUUCUACACCAAAUCACUGUGAAACAGAUCAAAACUCCGGAGGCAAAAAUACAGAUUUUGGCCAAAAUGACAAUGGCCAAACUAGCACCGCGAACGAACAUGCCAAGGAAAAUGGCACCAAACGCAUAUCACAGAUGGUAUCACCACUUCCUAGAGAUCCUGCCGGGGUAGAUCGUAGUCCUAGUGACGGCCAUCGAUCUGCAGUACAAGGUCUCCUUGCUCUUGGAUUGGUAACAUCGACCGCCAAUCCGUCAUUAUCUAGUACAGGCUUAAGCCCAAGCCAGGUCCUUUCAUCUCCAGAUGACAUUGACGGUUGGAAUCUCUCCGCAGGACAUAUACAAGAAGGAUCAUCCAGGUCUUCCGAACACAGCUUAGAGCUCAAGUCAUUUAGCAGUCUCAGCGCCCAGUAUCAAACACCAGGAGAUAACGAACUUGCCGUCAAAAACUUAGUUCAUGAGCCCAGUGAAGUGCUUCACUCUACGAAUAAUCGGAUUCCAUUUCACACUGCCGCGGGGUGUCAACUGGAUGAGUGGAGAAAAUAUCAACUCCUUAGGCACUACAGAUAUGAAGUUGCUACUUGGCUCGAUAUUUGCGAUACGAAUCAGUCAUUCGGGAUUGCCGCCACUCAGUUGGCUCUUGGUACAACACCUUUUGGGCCGUCGCAUAACCCAGCGGCACUCUCCGCUAUGCUUUCUUUGGCAGAAAUGUCGUAUAAUCGACUAAACACCAACGAAAAAUUCUUCGAUCAUAUGUCGCCACGGUUGACAAUCUUUGAAAAUUCGACUCCCACCCCAAUUCUUGAGCAACACUGUUCUAGAUUUGACGGUUUGACUCCGGACAAUUCCGACUUGGAAAUGAAUAGGGACGCUUUAUCAUCCGCUCUUUGCGCGUCCUUGGAAAAGAUCAAACAGAUUGCUUCCAAUAUACAUCAUGCCUGGACUCGGACAGGAACAGACCUUGACCAUCUGGACCUAGUAGGCUCCCUGGUACAGUAUGCAUCGGAAAAAUCUUUAAGAUCAGCGAUAUACUGGCUUCUACUAAGAUUAGAUCUUAGCGUCUCAUUGAUCAACCCUACUGCUAAUAUUGCAGCCAUUUCAAUGUCUUUUACUCUCCGUACUGACGAACUCAAAAUCACUGACGACCCUGGCCAUAGAACUUUUCAAUAUGCUCACAUCCCCUUGGCACUAUGUGCACAAGCAAUAGUCUUGUGCGAUGGUAGCACGAAUGCCAGAUCACCAACGUCUAAUGCGACCGAGAGUUGGAUGCGACUGCUUCGCAAACUUGAUGAAUGGUAUCUCGGACGACCAAGUGAAUUCCGAGCCAUGCUUGAACUUGAUCCUCAAACUGAAAACGACAGUAACUUUCCAGCACUGUUGUUUACCAACGGAGCAGGUAUUUUCGGCAACCAGUUAUACCACACUGCCAUGCAUCUUUUACUUCAGAAAAAGCCUCGCACAGCUAAUUUAUUUCACUUUAAUCCGGCUGCAAGAUCUUCUCUGUGGCAUACUCGAAGAAUUUGUGGUAUCGUGCUACAUAACGAUCGCCGUCAGUGUUGGGAUCUAACUCUAUUGGCCUCAUUUUUUGUUGCUGCAACGAGUAUGACUUAUAAAACCCAGCAGACAGAAAUUGUUGAAGGUUUCCACCGUAUUCAAGAAAUCACUGGGUGGAAAGUUGGCGACUUGGUUGCAGCCUUGCAGUUGAAAUGGUCCACCAUGGAAGAUUCUUGA